AGACUCAAGCAGACAUUACUGUGGUUUUCCAACCCGAAGCACUUUCAUUAAAUUAUCUGCGAAAUCAAGAGAUUACAACCAUUCCCGGCGAGAGGGAACUUCCUAUUACAAACGAUUCUAUCACAUUCGGAUGGCAAGAGUAA